CGGAGGACGGAGGACGGUUCGGCGCUUAGAGUAAAUAGUGCGGCGGUUUGACGCCGGUGGUUCCGUCGAUGUCUCGGAGCUCUCACCGUUCUUAUCUUUCAAGGCGCUCGUCUGUGAUCUCAAGGUGCUGGUUGUAAAGAAAUUACACGAGGCUGCUUUAAACACGGAACUAAAUUCUGAAGAUGAAACUCUUUUGAGAAGGCAUCUGACAAGUAUCCAAUGUGUUCAUGUUCCCCAACUAUUCAGUCUGACAAGAAAUUUUGUACACUAAUGAAGCACCGACUCAUUGAUACAAAUACUAAGAGUUGUAGAAAUAAAUUAAGUAUGCCAACAAGGAAGCUUUCACAGAAAGACAAAGGAAUUAUAGCGCAAAGACUUGCACAAGUUUCAUUUGCGCCUUCACUAACCUUGAAUAAACGUUUGAACAAGCAGCUUUGGCAGGAGUUGAAAUUCAAACUUGAAAAUGCAAAAGUUGUUUUGACAAGGUUAGAUGUGGAAAAGAUAUCUUCAGAUUUCCAUGGGAGUCAAAGUAAAAUAUCACUGCAUAGAUGCCAGACUGCAAGAAAAUCUUUCAGGAAAGGCACUAAAGCUCAAGUGGAUUGUCAAGUUAAUUCUUUUAAUGAUGUUUCUGGUAACAGUUCGUUGGGUGAGUCAUCUAAACCCGAGGAGACAGCAAAAGCUGUAAAAAUUCUGCGUUUCAACUGUGGGAAAUGUAACGAUGGUACUGAAUACAACCCAAAGCAAUUAUUAAAACAUUAUCAGGAAUUUCAUGCUACAGAUUUGCCUGUAUAUCCCUGUGAACUGUGCGAUUUUACUGCAAAUGAUUUCCAGACACUAAGCCAACACAGACUGAAGCAUCGUACCCCUCUUCUGAAAUGUGAAGUUUGCCGUGAUGGUAAAAUGUAUACUUUGCAAGAGUUGACAAAGCAUUUAAAUUGGAAACAUGGUGUAAAUGGCAAUUUUCGUUGUGAAAAGUGCAGGUUUUCUACAAAAGAUCAGGGCACGUUUAUUCAGCAUAUCCAUAGACAUGAUGUGAUCCAGUACAAAUGUGGCAAAUGUGAACAUGUGAGUUACACAAAAGGUGAGUUUCAAAGACAUCUUGUUGUACAUACGGGAUCUUUUCCUUUCUGUUGCCAGUACUGUAACUAUGGGGCAACACGGAAGGACUAUAUUAUAAAGCACAUUAAUGCUGUCCAUAAGGGCCUGGCUGAAGGUGGCAACUCCAAACCACAAGUGGAGCAGUGUCAAAAAGGAAAAGUGAAGAAUUCACUGGGUCUGAAACUUGUCCUGAAAAGGUACAAAAGUGGGGUGACUCGGAAAGUGCAAUGGAAGAGGAAAAAGCAAGUUCAACAUUUGUUAACUGCAAAGGAUAAUGCUAAGAAAUCUGGUGCAACAAAGGAGCUCAGUCACCCAGUACCACAAUCUCUUCCAGACUUAGAUCCAUGUCUGAGUGAAGCAAUAAUUAGUUCAAAAGAUAAUGAUGUUAAGAAAGAUGAAAUCUGGGGACCGAAGCCAGUAGCUCUAACUAGUCUUCCACUAAAGAGAACAGAAGCAGCUGCCUCUAAUCAAAUAUCUAGAAAGAUAUUGCCAUCUAAGACUUGUAGAGUGAUAUUAAAGAACAAUAAAUUGUCUGUGCCACCUAAUUACAGUGUUCAUUUUAUGGGUUUAAAAGUAGUAAAUGGCAGACAGCAUUUAUUAAUUAAGCUAAGACCCACAAAAAACCAAACAUUAAAUGCUUCAAAUUCUCAAACCGAAGCCAACAGUGACAAUUUGUUACAUUUGCCUAAGGAUGCAGGAAAUUCAAAUGUUGGUUUAUCUGAUACAAAUGCUUCUGGUGCAGAUACGCACUGUAUUAGAUUAUCAGAUUUCUUCACCAGUCAACCUCGCACAUUCUUGGUAAAAGACCUUUCUAUGGAAUCAAAAUUGGAGACAUCUGUAUCACAGACGGUGUCUCAUGUAGUACCUACCAUUAUAAAUAGUAAAUUUACUCAGGUUAAGACAGAGCCAUUGAUUGCAGGAAUGAAUUCAGCACAAACAGGCAAUCUGUUAUUGCCAUCAUCUUCAGUGCAUCUGGCUGAGACUGCAGUAAAUAAGGACAUGCCAGAGACUCAAGUUAUGCAAAAAAUCCCAGCUCUGGAAAAAGCUUCAGUUCCAAGUAAUUGUUCAUCUCCGACAUUUGUAACUUCAGCCAACAUCCAGACUGAUUCAAAAUCUUUGCAGUGCUUGUAUGAUGAGCAGAUGUCCAAGGGAAAAGAGUUAGAUUGUGAUACUUCCUUACGAUUCAAAAGAGGUACCCAUUUGCCUUUAAUUCACAAUUAUGCUAAGGUGGAUAUUUCUGAUUCAAAACAAUCUGGUGUUUCAGUACAGGAUGAUACAAAAUCACUGUCAUCAGAAAUCGUUCAAGAAUCAAACCCUGGGCAGCCACACAAGGUAGCAGCUGGAAUAGCUUCAACUGAUAUUUCACCUUCGAGUGAAUUGUGUAUCAGUACUCCUUCACAGUCAGAUGCGUUCCAAAAAUCAAGUGUUCAGGGUUUGAAUGAAUUUAAUUCACCUAUACUUCUCCAGAUGCUGAAACCUUCUGAAGUUGUUAAUGGAACUUCAGAGAGCAUAUUUGUGACAUCAAAAGAUAGUCAGGUGAUAAUGUCAGAUGUAGAAUAUACAGGUUCUCAUUCAAAUUCUAGUUUCUUUUUUACCUCUGCUGAACUGGGAUCUGAAACUCUAAGCUUUAAACAUGAUGAGACCUGUGAUAAUAUUGUGAUUGAAAACUCGAUUGAUUCUAGGACUACAGCAAUAAAAGAUGACAUUGCUUUGGAACAAACCAGUUCCUGUCCAAUUAAUGUAAAAGAUUCAAAUAGAGGUAAUCAUGAAUCUUGUUUGCUCAAUUUGAAUAACAUGCCUCAUACAAAGACAGGCAAAUGUGAGUCUGAAGCAUUAAAGAGGGAUUGUGGAAAAGAAUUUGGAAAUGAUUGUGAAAUACUAAUUGUGAGAAAUUAUUCAGCAGUGCAGAAAAAAUGUGAACUUGGGAACAAUAACAGUAAUUGGUCCUCUUCAACAGAAUGGACAACUUGUUCUGAAGGAAAUGGUAAUUUUGAAAGUACUGAAGAAGCCAGAUCAAUGUCUGCUGAUUGUGCAAGUUCACAAAGAGUUCUGGAUUUCUGUGGAUCAAAUAGCCUGAGUAAUGUGAGUGUAGAGAAGAUGGACUGUCACAUCGAAGAUAACAUCAGUCAUAAUGUUUCUGCAGAAGAUACUUUGGAAGAACAAGCUAGUGAAUGUGUUCGCAGUAAAUCACCAAUAAUGCCUAGAAUCACAUCUGUGUUCUCACUACAGAGUGGGGAUGGAAUGAGUUGCUUGGCUCCUGAGGAAAAUCAAAUGUUACUUGAUGCAUUGAAGGCCCCUUCUUUACUUGGUGUUGAAUCUCCUUGCAUUGAAUCACAGUGUCCAAAAAGUAGUUGUCUAGAGGAACAAAAUAGUACACGUAAUGCAGAAAUCAAAUCUGAUGUGCAUAAUUAUUCUCUUACAAAUAACACUUUGCCCAUGCAGUUGUACUCUGUAGAUGAUGAAAGUAAUAGUUCUGUUGUAAACAGUGAAUGUAUUGAAGAGAGAAAUAUGCCGUUGAAUGUGUCUCCACCUGUAUCCAGAAGUUGCAUGCAGCCAAAUGUUGAAAAGUUGAACACAGUGUUAAAGACUCAUUCUGAUGAAAUAAUCAAUCAACAGUUAAUAAAAGAUGGAAUUCGCACUAGUGCAUAUGGGAAUAGUAACUCUGUUAAGGCACCUGUGACACUUCUGGGCCCACUCCAACUUGCUGGUAUCUCUAAGCCUGUUUUAGUUCAACCAUCACAGAAAGGUUCCGCAGUCCCUUUACAUUUGGCAAAACAAUCCAGACUACAAAUGGUAUCCAGGGGUGCAGUUUCACAAACAAAAGUUGUGACUCGAAAUUCUACUAACCUAACAGAUAAGGGGCCUGGUUUGAUACUUACAUUUAGUAAUGGAACACUUGGUGCAGUCGCUAGCAUUGUUUGUGGGAGCAAUCCUAUACCGGAUAGUGGAAAUAGUUGUGUACAAGGGCAAAUCCCAGUCUCUGACAGUGUCCAACAAAAUACAUGUUCAUUAACUAGUGAUUCCAGAAUAGUUGAUAUGGAGACUGCUUCCAAAGACCCUUUGUAUAAAGGUCUUGUUUCUGCAGUGUUUGAUCAUCAUUCUUAUGCAAGACUUGCUGAUCCUAAUAACAACCAUGGAACAGAAAAUGGUUCAGUAAAUAUGAAUGGUCAAGGUCAAAAUUUGAUCAGUGGAUCCUCUGUAUCAAGUAAUUUGGUGUCAGCUGUAUUGAGACAAGGCACUAUAUUGGAAGAUGUGAAUAUAGAAAGAGAUAAAAAUACAGAGCAUGUAUCAAGCCAGAAAACUGUUUUGUUUCAGUGCCUUAUGCAGAAGAAAACUGCUGGAGUCAACAGUGAAGAUAAUGUGGCAAAUGCUGGUUCAGCAUCUGAAGAAAAUGGGCCUCAUCAAAAGAAAAUUUUGUUGAGAUUUGUUAAAAGUUCUAACGGAGAGUCGGCCAUGAAGGACAACCAGUCACAAAAAAAUUCAUUGUCGCUCCAUGAUGGUGCUGUAGGUAACUUAAUUACACCUUUACAGCAAUCUGGUCAGGCUGUGAUGUUGACUAGUGGCUCUCAAUGUAUCCUGCUACCGGUCAAUAAACCUGUAUCCUCAAGUACAGCAAACCUUAGCGUCCCACUCCAAAUCAGUUCUCGGCCUUCUCUUAAACUUCCUGUUACACCAAUUGCCAGAGGUUCAUCAGUUCGCUUUAUUGAGAAAAGAAAUACAAAUAAAGGCACUUCUCUCACUCCACAGAGAUCUACAGCCAGAUCAACCAGCAUAUGGGAUAAUGAGAAAUCAGAUGAACUGUGGGAACCACGGAAGUCAUGUAACGAGAAGCUUGUAUGUCGGUACAGCAAAAGACUGAAACGAAAGUUAGAAAAUUCUGAAAAAUCAUCAAAAGCAAUAACCAGUAGCUUUAGUGAAUUUGAAGAAACUGAAGAGAUAGAAUUAAGUAAGUCUCUUGAAUUUAGUAACAUAAAUGGCUCUGGUGGAACUGUGCAAACCCUAAGACUUGUACCUUUUGAUCAUGGUCAGCUUGUUAAAUGUCCAAGAAGAAACCAACCUGUGAUAGUACUUAAUCACCCAGAUGCAGAUGUUCCUGAAGUAAAUAAUGUCAUGAAGACCAUUAAGAAGUGUAAAGGGAAUGUUCUCAAGGUAGUUUUAUCAAAAAGAACCAUUGGUGCUUUGUUGCAUUCUUAUAACGGUAAUGAAGCAACUGCAAAUGGUUUCCUUAUCAACCAGUGCAAAAAGGUGAAACCAGUGAGCCCUGUGAAAGAAAGGUAUGUACUGAAGUUAAAGCUAAAAAAGACUAGUAAGAAUAACUACCAGAUUGUGAAAACAGUUUCAAAUAAAGCCAUUGAAGCUAGAUUCAGUUGCUGGUUUUGUGGUAGGAUAUUUGAUAAUCAGGAAGAAUGGGUGGGCCAUGGUCAACGACAUUUAAUGGAGGCAACAAGGGACUGGAAUACCUUGGUUUGAAAGUUGAUUAAAUGUUAGGUAGGGGUAAAAAUUGAAAAUUCUGUCAGGACUAAUUAUUUGUAUAUAUGUCUAGUUUGCGCUGGUACAUGAUUUACAGUGCAAAUAUGCUUUGAGGGAAAGUUCUGGAAUCUUUGUGGGAGAUGAAUAUUCAAAAAGGAAUGUGCUAUAUGAUUCUUAGGUUUCGAACUGCUUCAGUAGCAGUCCUGGCACAUUGAUACUUAGUCUAAAUAACACUAAUUAAAUAAAUUCACUUACAAAAUCUCUGCAGGAAAUUUGCCUCUUUUGGUGGCUUUCUGCUUUGUUCUAAAAAAUCCUUAAAGGCAUAUUGCUGUUUUGUGGUGUAGGUUUUUAUUACCUUUGUGAUAGUCAAGGAUGUUGCUAAUGUAAAAAUGGUUCAAAUAAAUAUCAUUUGAUCUAAUUACCUACAACUUCCAACACAAUUUGUGUUGGUCUCCAGCAAAGACAAUCAUUUUUACUUCUAACUGUUUUUACUAUAUGAUAAGGAUGAUGAAAAAUAAUUUUUUAAGGUUUUUUUUUAGAUUUAAAACAGUGGGGUCUCAAUUUUUAGCUUUCCUGUUUUUCUAUGCAGCCAAAUGUAAUAACAUUUAGUUUUUAAUUUCAUACCUGUAUUUAUUGUCCUUCAUGUAUCAUGCAAUGAGGGUAAGGAGUACAUUUGGAAUUAGACAAGUAUUUAGUGUCUCUCAGAUUCAUUAUUAUAAAUCAGAGUUCCAUGUCUGCAUCACAUUGACACCAAAUAAUUCUCAGGAACUCUACUGUAGGGGGACAAGUCAUUACGUAAGGCAGGGAACUCUUGUAAACCCCCAAUGCUGAUUUGCUGCACUCUAAUAAUCUUAAACCAAGUUUGGGGAGAGGUACUAUUAAGAUUUUUCACUUUCAGGUUAAAUCGGAAAAAGUAGAUGGAGUCUUGGGAACGUUUUGCAUCUGCAACUUUUGCUUGGUGGUAGAUAAUUGGGUGUGUCAACUGUGAAGGUUAAUUGCAGGACUGUGAAAAGAGAGGAAGCUAGGUGAAGUUGUCUAUCUUUCAAAUACCACUGAGCAGAAGGCUUUCUGUUUGCUGUUCUGAUUUGGAUCCAAGAUAUUGAAUUCAAUCUGAAGUACUGUAUUGAGAUCUGAAAUGCUACUAAGAUCAGAUUGCUGCAGAUUUCAGAAACCCUUGGCAAGGAGGCACAGAGAGGUUUGCAGAUUUCUAUCUUGAAUUAGAAGAUGCUCAUUAUGGGAUAUCUGAAUGAAAGAUGUGUAAACCUUAAAUCAUUUUUAAAUAUGCAAAUUAAUAUGGAUGUAGUAUAUUUUGACAAGCAGGUUUUAUUUUUAAAUUAGUCCUUUUAGUAGUUUUCCUUCUCAGCUGUGAGCAAGUGAAAACCAGUGCAAUGGCAGAAUUUAUGUUAUUGAAUACAGAAAUUGUUGAACAAUCGGUGAGUUUCAGUUCGUGUUUCUACCACUCCUGCGUUUGCAUGAAGGUACUAGAAGUUUUCAAGGAUCAUUUUAUUGAAGGGGCAGUAUUAUUAGAAGUGUUCUAUUUUUCUACUUAAAUGCAACAGCAAACCUACUCUGAAGAAAUCUUGUUUAAUAGCAAAGUAUAAUGGCAGACAUUUAUGUAAUGUUAAUAACUUGGGUUAUAUUUUACAAUUUAUUCACAUUGUAAAGAAUUAAUGUAAUUCAUACGUUCAAAAGUUAUUUAACUGUAUGACUGACAAGGAAAUGUAUUAAUUUUUUUAAAAGCUUUCCUUAGUUUUUGUUAUAAUUUUAAAUAAACCAUUGCUUACUGAACCUGUAAUUGCUUUCUGAUUUGCUUGUGUAUUGGAAGUGAAUUUAAGAACAUUCCAAGUAACCAAUUUCAAAACCUUUAAUCCUUUUACGUUUCAUAGCUGUUCACUUCCAGUGUUAGGUUCUUUCUUUCAGAAUCGGCUUUUACAAAUGUAUACUAUUUUUGAAUACAUGUACAUUUACUUUAGAAAUAAAAAAUAAUUUUAAUGUUUCUGUCUCAACUGGCCACUUUGUUACAAAAUACAAUAACAUCAGUUAUUGGGAUUUCAGAAUUAUAAACUGCUCCAUUGUAAAAUUAGCUGUAUCACUGUACACUGUACAAUUGUGCAUACAAUGUUUAAGGUUAAGAUAUCUAGGAACAAAAUAUUAUGGAUGCUAUCUCUGUAAAUCUACAGACACUUGUCUGGUUAGGCAGCAU